AUGACAGCAAACACUUUUGGCCUGCACAUAUCUACGGUGUCAAAAGUCAUAAGAGAUGUUUGUAACUGCAUAACUUACAAGCUUGGGCCAAAAUACAUAGCCCUGCCAAAAACGAAAGAAGAGAUGCUUGAAAAAGUAGGAGAAUUUGAGGCCAAAUUUAAAUUGACGCAAGCUUUUGGCUGCAUAGAUGGCACCCACGUACAAAUUUUACGACCUAGUGAACAUUCACAAGAUUAUUUUUCUUACAAAAUGUAUUUUUCUCUUAACGUUCAGGCAGUAUGCGAUUUCCGUGGCUAUUUCAUGGAUGUUGAUUGUAGGUGGCCAGGCAGUGCACAUGACGCGAAGGUGUUCGCCAACUCAAAUAUUGCUGCUAAACUUAAAGAUGAGAAAAUACCCAUUACUUAUGAGGACAUCCUGCCAGGCCGAGCCAAAGUUCCAAACUAUUUGAUUGGUGACCCUGCAUACCCCUUGACACCGUACUGUAUGAAAGAGUACCAUAGUUGUUCAACAAAUGCUCAAGUGUUAUUUAACAACUAG